AUGAAAUGUGAUGCCAGGCGAGCCAAGAAUGCGGUGCUCUCUCUCCUGCCGGUAAUUGGUUGGUUGAAAAUCUAUCAGGUCAAAGAGUGGCUGCUCAGUGACAUCGUGUCCGGGGUCAGCACUGGACUGGUCGCCGUCCUGCAAGGUAAAUAUAAGCAGCAAGUUAACGGAGUGUAUGAGCCUCCGAUGGCUCCAAACCUGCACAUCUUCCAGGAGACAGCAGUUGAAGCGUUUCCUAUGGCUAUAGUGGGUUUUGCUGUGGCCUUCUCCGUGGCAAAGGUCUACUCUGUAAAACACGAUUACACCAUAGAUGGAAAUCAGGAGCUGAUUGCCUUUGGAGUUGGCAACAUCUUCGGUGCUUCCUUCAAGUCUUUUGCAGCCAGUACAGCUCUGUCCAGGAGCGCAGUGCAGGAAAGCACAGGAGGCAAGACUCAGGUAAACCAAGAUGUCUGA